GUUAUAUUCUCUAAUGAACAAUAGUUCCAUACCUGACGAAAAAAUUGCAAGUCUAGUGCAACAACACUUGGUUGACGGCAGCGAAAAUGACAAUUUGAUUAUAGACGAAGCUACAAGAAACUCACCACCUAUUCUUGAGACAGAAAUACCAGUACCAUACCAUUUACCUGGUGCUGCUAUCACACAUGAUAUCUAUACACAUGCUAAUAGCCUUGUCAUGGCAUCCUCACCCAGUGCUCGUCGUACGAAAUCAAUGACCAAUUUGAAAGACGUACCACCUGCCAUUAGUAGCAGCAAUUCUGUGAAUGAAUUUGAGAACCUGGACAAACCAGGUGGAUUUAGACGUUUCCAUGUUCAUCAACAACAUAAAUUGGCUCAAAAACACCAAGAAAUUGACGAAUCGUCUGCUUUUCAAGAACUAUUUCGUCCUGACUCAGUUUGUUCUUCUACAAGAACUAACUAUCAAACCACCGGCCUCUCUCCAAAGAUCAAUCAUUUUGAUUCCAAGCCUACACGUCACUUUUUAGAGUAUUUGGCCAUUGCCUCUUAUAUGAAUCAAUUUGCAGGUGAAGACUUGUCCGAUACAGAAGAAGAUGAAGAAGAUGAAGAAUCAACAGCAUUAUUACCAACUCAGCAAAAAGCACAUAAAAAGAAAGAAGUCAAGAGCAAGAAAGCCAAUGUUGUCAAGACCAUCUUUUUACUGUUUAAAGCAUUUAUUGGAAGUGGUAUUUUAUUUUUGCCAAAAGCAUUUUCCAAUGGAGGGCUUUUGUUUUCUAUUGUUACCAUGUGGUUUAUGGGUGGCAUUUCACUUUAUUGUUUCUUGCUGUUGCUGGACUGUAAAGAGCAUUUAACGGGUAGUUAUGGUGACAUGGGUGGUCAUUUAUAUGGUCAUUGGAUGAGACGAGUUGUCUUGUUUUCAAUUGCUAUAUCGCAGAUGGGCUUCAUGUGCGGUGGUUCUAUUUUCAUUGUAGAAAAUAUCACUGAAGCUGUAAGAGCACUAAGUAACAAUCAAAUCCAUCUAAACAAUGCGGUUGUGUUUGUCAUGUUAGCUAUCCUACUUAUACCUCUUGUAUUGAUUCGAAACAUUGCUAAAUUAUCACCAACAGCGCUUUUGUCUGAUGCCUUGAUCGUUGGCGGUUUAAUAGCCUUAUUAGCAUUUGAUUGCAUUGAAAUCUUUAAGCAAGGAGAACCUCAAACAGGUCCAGGCAUUCAUUGGAUCUUCAAUUCCGCUCAUUAUUCCGUCUUUAUUGGUACAGCUGUUUAUUCAUUUGAAGGCAUUGGCCUUAUCAUUCCUAUCCGAGAUUCUAUGGAGAAACCCGAAAAAUUUCCUGCUGUUUUGACCUUUGUUAUGAUCCUUGUGGCUUCUACUUUAUGUGCUGUAGGUACUUUAGGUUAUGUCGCUUUUGGUGAGAAUAUAAAGACGGUUGCCUUGUUAAACCUGCCACCUGGAAUAAUUCCUAAUUCUGUACAAUUGGGUUAUGCUAUUGCUGUCUUGUUAUCAAACGCCCUUACCUUGUUCCCUACCAUUCGUAUUAUUGAGCAAGCCUUGUUUGGUGAACGAACUGGCAAACAUAAUAUGGGCAUUAAAUGGCAAAAGAAUGCACUAAGAGCUUCUGUUGUGAUAGUUGGGACCUUGGUUGCCUGGACUGGGGCUAAUGAUUUGGACAAGUUUAUCAGUUUAAUUGGAUCUGUUUGUUGUUGUCCUUUAAGUCUUAUUUUUCCGCCUCUUUUUCAUUUAGCAUUACCAAGCACAAAAGGCACAAAAAAGAUAAUAGACAUCAUAUUGAUUGGUUUUGGUAGUGCAGUCAUGUUAUUUACAUUUUACAAUACCUCAAAACAAUGGGCUACUGUAGGCUGAUUUAUUUAAAAUAUUUAUUAAAAAGUAACAACC